GUGUUUUCAGUGGAGGAAAAUGGCUUUUUAGCAUGAAUGAGUUUUCAAACUAAAACGUAUUACAUAGCCUGUGUCUUUAGCCACGUCCACACUGGUCCAUUUAAGUUUUGAACCUCCACUUUAAAUUACCUAACGCCAUCGCUUUCCAAAGUAUGCAGCAGCGGUUAUGGAGCGCGUUUUUCAGUUGCUGCUUCAGUGGAGGAAAACUGUUCUUGUGUAGAUGAGAAGCAUAAACGUAGUGAAAUCAAUAUGUUUUCAAACAACACACAUUUGUGUGCACGUGGACAAAGUUUGAAGCACUAAAACAAGGUUUUCUCAAGUUGGGACUAAUUUCCAGUGUGGAUGAGAGGCAUAAAUGUAGUGAAAUCAGUUUGUUUUUAAAUGAAAACUGAUUCGUGUGGAUCUGGCUUGUAUGUGUCUACUAUUAAUGGCGUUACUAACAAGUUCGCAACCAUUUAGUACUCCUUAGCAACUGCCUAGCAAACACUUGGCUUCCAGACUUUAAAUCCACAAAAGGCCUAAAUAAACUUUUUUAAACCGCCUUUACAAGUUGAUUCUGACUCAGAAGGCAUACGGCUACGUUCACAUCACAGCCCAAUUCUGAUUUUACUGAUAUUUAUUUAUUUCUAUCUAAGGUUGUUCAGAUAACUUUUUAAAUGUAGCUCAUUUAAGCCACUGGUUUGAACAGCUAUCAUGCCAUGAGAUCACAUUUUUUUCCCCCCCAUUCUGAUGGUUGAUGUGAACAUUAGCUGAAGCUCCUGACCCCUAUUUAAGUGGGGUUUUUUUGCACUGUAUUGCUUCCACACGAUUGGCUAAUUAGACAAUUGCAUGGAUGAUUGUUGGUGCCAGAUGUACUGGUUUGAGUAUUUCUCUAACAGCUGAACUCCUGGGAUUUUCACACACAACAGUCUCUAGAAUUUACUCAGAAUGGUCCCAAAAACAUCCAGUGAGUAGCAGUUCUGUGGACUGAAAUGCCUUGUUGAUGAGAGAGCUCAACAGAGAAUGGCCAGACUGCUUUAAACUGAUAAAGUACAGUUACUUAGAUAACCCCGCUGUACAAUUAGGGUAGGCGCUGUUUUGGUGGCAAGAGGGGGAUCUACGCAAUAUUUGGCAGGUGGUUUUAAUGUCCCAAAAUGUGGGCCUCUGGAAAUAAAAUGCAAACGCAGUUUAUGGCAAAAGCAUAAUUCAGUGCAAGCCUAAUGAUAGCUUAGUGAUGUUAUCUCGGUGGAGAUGCUCUUGUUCAACUCGCUCGGGUGCAUUUCUAAGCGUACCUGUAAGGAAGUGCAAAACCUGCUGCGUUUAGUAUUGCGUUUGUUUUCUCUCAGUUCGCUGCAUUCUCUUCGGUAAGAAGUAGAUUCGUGCGCCGAACACGAGCAGAAUGCUGGACACGUCGGGGAUUUGAAGAUCUGUGAACUCAAAUCUGAGGUUUCAAAGGAACAAUUUGGUGGAGAAAGCGAGUAGAACAGUAUUCAGCAAAGGAUGAUGGAGGACAGUGUGUUGGAGCGGUCAGAGAAGCAUUUUAAAGAUCCUCCUCAACUGUUUACCUACUAUCAAGGUGACAUCAACACAGCCGUGGAUGAGCACUUCUUCCGUGCCCUGAACAAGGCCACCAUACCAACAGACCUCAGCACUAAAGCAAAGGAAAGCAACAGGACUUCUAUAUCUGAUGUCUCCCCAUCAUCUUCAUCAUCAUGGGCUUUUUCGGGUCUAACGUGGUCCAAGUCCCCGCAUUCUUCCAACCCCUCAAGGCUGACCCAACUGACAUCCAUAAACGAGCCACCUCCAUCCCAGGGAGUGAUCAUGAAUCCCCCAGGACUAUCUUCAGCAUCAUCACUCUGGCCCUGUCCAUCCAGACAGGACACAGCCUUUGAACUGCCUCUUUCACUCUACCAGCAACCUGCUGAGAGCAGUGCCAACUCUUACCUGAAUCUGUUGCAAAUAGAGCGUCCAACAGGGGGCAUCAUGAUCUCGCCCUUUUCAAAAUCAGACAGGCCAGAGUGGAAUGCUGGGACGGCCUUUAAAGACACAUCUGGAAGCAGGAUCGGUCUAGAUUCAGGUGUGCCAGUUGCAGAAAUUAGUAAGGAUUUGUACUGGUAUUGAAGAGAUUUCUGACUCCACAACAAUGAGAUAUUGGACUUUGUUUUGCAUCAGACUGCCUCCUACUAUGUUUACAUUAUGCAAGAAUAACCAUUCAGAUUAAUAAGAUUUAAUUAGCAAGAAUGCUGUGCUUUUAGACAUUGACAGAAUGACUCAAACCCAUUACAUUCAUGGUGUUAGAAAUUCCUAAGAGAUGAAUGGCAGUUCACAGCUUAUUGUAUCCACCAUGAGUGCAUAAAUAAGCUAAUUUUCUACUUAACAUGACAUAAGUGAAAACCUGAUUUGAAAUGCCUUCUCUUAGCUGUUUGAUGUGUAAUUCAGCAAGUAAAGCCUAUUUAUGAGUAGAUGAAGCAAAUCACGAAGACAAUGCCUUUGCAUUUCAUUACAGUUUUACCAAGCAUUAUUUUUUGUAUAUUAUUCUGUAUUUUGAAAGUAAAUAUUAAUGCUGUAGACCGUAAUCAUCUCUAUGGAAAAGGUGUUUGUAAUGCUGACACAAAAAUGACACUGGAAGUAAUUUGACAAAAAUACAUUCACUCUUUUAAAAGGAACACAUGAGUUCCUUAUAACCAAGUUUACCUCUUGGGAUAUAAAAAACCCCUUCAAAACUACAUUUGCUAGUGUGUUUACUCUUCACAGCUUUUUACAGAGAAGGACAUAGUUCAUGUUAUGCAGAAGGUGAACUGAAAUGACUUAACCAAAACUGCACAAACCUGUUUACUCAUAAACUGCCAUAAACGUUUUACCCUAGAGCAAGUAAUGUAGGGUUUGCACAGCCAUGAUUUAUUUCCUUAUUUUACAAGAAUAGUACAGUAUACAGUUGUUUUAAAGAGGUGACUUUUACAAAACAAAUUCCCUGAAUCUGCAUAUGCAAAGGAAUAGUGUCUUCUUUCUUUGCUUUGCUAUUAAUGUAAAAUCUAAUUGAACAUGCUUUGUUUGGGGAAGAUGCCCCCUUAAGAACAAUGUACAUUUACUUUUAAAUUGUAACAUAUUUAGAUAUAGCAUCAUCCAAUACUGUAAAUUCUCAUGGGAAAUAAAUAGAAACAUUUGAUAACUUUGUCGUCAUAGCACAACAUUUACAAUGGUAAAAUAAAAAAGGGGCCAUUCUACCCUACUACUGUGGUAAAAUGACCCGCUACCU